CUGAUUUCCGGCCCCUAGCCUCCUCUCCCCGCCGCCCGCCUGUCCCGCUCCCGCCCUCCGUGGGACCCGGAGGACUGGGGACCAUGCCGGAGCCCGGGCCGGACGCCUCGGGCACUGCCAGCGCGCCGCCCCCGCAGCCGCCGCCCCAGCCUUCCGCGCCCAAGGAAUCCCCGUUCUCCAUCAGGAACCUGCUCAACGGAGACCAUCACCGGCCGCCCCCGAAGCCUCAGCCGCCCCCACGAACGCUCUUUGCGCCGGCCUCGGCCGCCGCUGCCGCCGCCGCUGCUGCCGCCGCCGCAGCCAAAGGUGCCCUGGAGGGCGCCGCGGGCUUCGCGCUCUCGCAGGUGGGCGACCUGGCUUUCCCCCGCUUUGAGAUCCCAGCGCAGAGGUUUGCCCUGCCCGCGCACUACCUGGAGCGCUCCCCGGCCUGGUGGUACCCCUACACCCUGACCCCCGCCGGCGGCCACCUCCCGAGACCAGAAGCCUCGGAGAAGGCCCUCCUGCGAGACUCCUCCCCUGCGUCCGGCACCGAUCGCGACUCCCCGGAGCCUCUGCUCAAGGCUGACCCCGACCACAAGGAGCUGGACUCCAAGAGCCCGGACGAGAUCAUUCUGGAAGAGAGCGACUCGGAGGAAGGCAAAAAAGAAGGAGAGACGGUGCCUGGAGCGGCCGGGACGACCGUAGGGGCGACUGCGGCGACACCGGGCUCAGAGGACUGGAAGGCGGGCGCCGAGAGUCCGGAGAAGAAGCCAGCCUGCCGCAAAAAGAAGACGCGUACGGUCUUCUCGCGCAGCCAGGUCUUCCAGCUCGAGUCCACCUUCGACAUGAAACGCUACCUGAGCAGCUCUGAGCGCGCCGGCCUGGCCGCGUCGCUUCACCUCACCGAGACACAGGUCAAGAUCUGGUUCCAGAAUCGCCGCAACAAGUGGAAGCGACAGCUGGCGGCCGAGCUGGAGGCGGCCAACCUGAGCCACGCCGCUGCGCAGCGCAUCGUGCGCGUGCCCAUCCUCUACCACGAGAACUCUGCGGCCGAGGGGGCGGCAGCGGCUGCGGGGGCGCCGGUGCCGGUCAGCCAGCCGCUGCUCACCUUCCCGCACCCAGUCUACUACUCGCACCCGGUGGUCUCGUCCGUGCCCCUGCUACGGCCGGUGUGAGAUGGGACAGGGGACAGGGAGUGAGCACCCGGCCACCUUUCGGGGACCCCGGAGGAGACUGGGCCGGGCCGAGGGUGCCGGGCUGUGGCCAGCGACCUUGGGCUCACUGCCUUGCCUCCCACCCCCCAAUAGCAUUUUGUAAGUAUUUGCAAUGCAUUUUCGUGCAAUUCAUUCCUAUGAAUUUGAGGCGCUUCUCCUCUUAUUUUUGGUUUUGCUUACCAUUGAGAAAAAACGGGGUGGGGCAGGGCGGAACGACAAAAUUACCAGGUCAAAACUUCCAAUUGAAAGUUCUUUAAAAAAA